AUGACGCAGAAGGGGGCGACAAUGGUCUCGUCUGGAGAUGAUCAGAAGAACGGGGUUCCACCGUGGUUGAGGCCGAUCGCGAGCAUCAAGUUCUAUGACUUGUGCAAGACUCAUUCCUCUAAAAAGUGCGAUUUCUACUGUAGAGUCUGCAUGGUCGCCUUGUGCAUAGAGUGCAAGAAGCAACACGACCUUUCCGAGCACGAGAUCAUAAAGGCAUAUAAAGCUGCUGAAGAGGCAUCGUUCAGAAAGGUGGACUUGGCACCGCUAUGGGAUACUUCCGAUAUUGAUCUGUACAAACGAAAUGUGUGGCUUGUUGCGUUCAUACACAAAAGGGGAGAUGGGAUCACUCACUCCAGUGGUCCAGACGACAUUGGGGUGUGCAAAACCUGCCAAUACCGGCUCAAGUCGCUCGGCGCGAAGUACUGCUCCAUGGAAUGCAAGGUUGAAGCCGUGAUGAAGAUGAAUGGGAGCGGAAGUAUGAAGAACGAAGCGAAGAGGGAGGUGGAGACCACAUCAGAGGGGAGUGCUAGCAAUGUUCAGUCGUUCAGGAAACGACCAAGAAAGCAGAAAAACCCGCAAAGAGCUCCGCUUCAUUAG